AUGAGGGAAUUAACUAAUUGGAAGCUCUGAAGUGAGAGAGUCUCUCACUUCUUCUACCAUUUCCCAUUGCCUACAUUUACAUACAACACAAACAAACAAAAGCUCUCCCCAGAAUUUCAGACACAGUCAUCCUUCAACCUUUGUCAACGCGCGUGCCCCAUAAUCAACAUCAUCAUCGUCUUCCUAGGACCUUUAUUCAGAUUCUACGUAGAGGAGUACUGCUGCUGAACCAAUAAGCUAAUAACUGGAUCAUUUCAAAUUUGUAGAGUAAUGAUUUGAUGGGAAUAUGAUUGAGAGCUUCAACCCCACUGAUUCCAUUGAGUGCUGUGAAGCUGCAAUGCAGAAAGCUGAUUUUCUGGAAUCUGGUCCUGUGUUGAAGAAGUCAAAAAACACAAUUUUGGCUUCUCAAAAUGUAGAUAAUUGUGAAGUGGCAGAAUGUCAGGACAGACUUGGUGAAAUGCCAGAUUGCGUUAUCCAUCAUAUUCUGUCAUUUAUGGAAACAAAGGAUGCCAUUCGAACUUGUGUUUUAUCAAAAAGGUGGAGGUAUCUUUGGACUUCAAUUCCCUGCCUGAACUUCAGCAGCAAAUCAUUCACUAGGUUGGUUGAUUUCAAGAAAUUUGUGUUGUGGGUCCUGUCGCAUCGCGAUUCUUCUCAAAUCAAAGUUCUCAUUUACCAUCGCUUUGGGGUAGAUUAUGCAACAGAUCAAAAUCUAUUGAAUAAAGUCAUCGAAUAUGCAGCAUCACAUGGUGUUGAAGAAAUCAGAAUCAAUCUUCGAGCAAAAUCCUCUGGCAGUCCGCCGGUUGAAAUUCCUUUGGCUUUAUUUACUUGCCAGUCAUUGAAAAGGCUUGAGUUAAAAGAUUGCCAUCCUACAAAUGCCUCAUCCCCUUUAGGUUGCAAAUCUUUGGACAUGUUGCAUCUGGAACAGUUUUCAAUGUAUCCUGCUGCAGCUGACUUUUCAAAUCCAUUUUCAAGUUUGUCUGAGCUUUUUGGUUUUACAAUGUUGACAACUUUGCAUCUAAACAGCUUCACUCUAUGCUAUACGGGAAUUGACUGUUUGGAUCCAUUUACUAAUUGUGUCAAUUUGAAGAAUUUGCACUUAAGUGAAAUGUCCUUUGAGUCAGAUUUGAAUCCUAAGGAUUUUGUGAUAUCUGCUCCCCAACUCAGUAACUUGACUCUGAUGUGCAACCGCUUUAAAUGUAAGAUUGUAGUUGCUGCUCCGCAGCUUACCAAUUUCAGCUACUUGUAUUCCACACCUUGUGCCUUUUUUGAGUUUAGUAUUCCUUCUUUGGAUGGAUUGAUCAUUGAUAUUCAUGAACCACAUGAUCGAUUGGAAAAGCCUCACCGAGAGAAAAGAGUGGAGACUUUACAUGGUUUGAUCAAUGUGUUACGGGGACGUCACAAUGCUGAAGCUGUUAAGCUAUCAUUCUGUACAGUUGAGGUUACCUGUGGGACUACAGCCUUGUUAAAGCCAGAAUGUUUGUCUUUUAGCAAAUUGAAGUCAUUGAACUUUAGAGUUGGAUCAACAUAUAAAAUCUUCAUCAACAACCUUGACCAUAUAACUGCCUACUUCCGCAAUUGCUCUCAGCACGCAGACUUUGAUAUUAUGACCGUUUAGAAGGAUUUGAUGGAUACUAUAUGCACAGGAGGUUUGGCUUAUGCUGAGGUGGAAUUUAACCAAUACUUGGAUAUCCUUAUGAAGUAAACAAGGGUUAUUGCUUGGUACAGUUUGAAUGGGAAAAGAUUGGGAUGUAUUCGUGUAUGUGGUUGGUUUUAGAAAAACAGGCUAUAGUGAAAUAGAAAUUGAAAUACUUUUUGCAAAUUGUAUCAUGACUAUCAUUAUUUCUCAACCAAAGAAAAAUUGAAUAUGGACCAUUUUUGUUUAUUUUCUCUGGUUUCUUUCAAGGGGGUCAAGGAAGGAAAAUUAAAUUCCUCGUAUGACAAAAAGAAGAGAAGAAGAAGUAAUCAUUUUUUAUCCCCAAAAUCGAAUUGUGGGAAAAACAUGGCUGCCUUGUACUAGAU